UCGAGCCUCGCGCGCAAUUUACUACUGUCAAAAUUGUUUACCGUGAGGUUACUUUUGUAGAAUUUCGUAUAAGAUUUACCACUAUUUCUUAUUCACUUAAACUAUAAAAUAUGUUAUUUCUUAUUACGUUUUAUUAUUAGUAAAGAUUUAAUACAAAAUAAGCCCACUGGAUUUGUGUUACACUGUCAAAAAGUACGCGAAUAUUUUGUAAAAUAGGAUUUUUACAUAAUGUUAUCGCAUGAUGUAUGAAGAUGACAACAUAACUUGUACUCCAAAGCGUUGCGUGCUUACUGAAGUUACAAAUUCAACAAACUAUGUGUCACCGACUGCUAACCUCAAGUUACUGACAAAUGUUGCGUUGCAAUAUCCCACACCGCCGCCGAGUGCAGUUCACCGAAAAGAAAAGUCUCUCCAGAUAUUAUGUGACAGAUUCCUCAAUCUAUAUCCUCUUCAUGGUGAUGGCCCAGUGGAAAUACAACUGGAUAGUACUGCAGCCCGGCUAGGUGUGGAGAAACGUCGAAUGUAUGACAUAAUAAAUAUACUCGAAGCCAUGCAGUGUGCUGUGCACAAAAGAAAGAAUACUUAUUUGUGGCAUGGAGGAUCCCGGUUAAAUUCUUUUCUAAAGAUGUUGAAAAAGCAGGGUGAGCACCUCAAGCUGUCAGAAGCACUGCGUGGGAAAGCCCCCAAGCCCCCAACACCAAAACAUAAGACUUUAGGAGUGUUAGCUCAGAGAUUUCUUAUGCUGUUUCUAGUAGAGCCUCCAAAUACUCUUAUCAACCUGGAGAUGGCUGUGCGGGUAUUGAUAGACACCUCUAACAAAAGUAAGACAAUCCUCACUCCUGAGCAGCAGGAUCGCCAACACAAGUCCAAAGUGAGGAGACUCUAUGACAUUGCCAAUGUAUUCAUUUCAAUUGGUCUCAUUGAAAAAGUAUCAGGUAACUUAAUAUUAAAAAAGCCAGUUUUUAAGUAUGUGGGCCCACACAAGAUGAAGAAAUGUGAUAAGACAUUAUUGACAACUCCAUCCCCUAUCACACCACUGUCAUUGCUGGACAGUGAGCAGAGGACCUCAGCUUGCCAUGUGUUUGCUGGAAAGUCUAAACGGAAACUGGAGUUCACCACUCCAACUUCCACCAAAGAACUGAAGCUUGGUAUCACAACCCCACCUCAUACACCGUCACACAAGUGGGAUGAGAUCCUGCUAGUAGCUGACAUGGAACUGACUAGAAUUAACAAAGGAGUAGUCUUGUGAUUAUGUUGAAUUCUAUUGUAAUAAUUAAAAUUUUUAUAGUUCUUUUUUUCUAUUUUGUCUUCCAGGAAUGAAUAUAGAAUGUCAUAGUGACUAUUAUUUUAUAGACAAAAUUAUAAUGUACUUGUUCCUAUAUUUAAAUUUUAUUCAGUUGUUGCUUAGAGCAGAUUAAUUUUAUUUGAUGCAAUAAUAUUUAAUUGCUUCUGGUUAUGAUAGCAAUAUGGAGUGUUAGUUAUUUAGUGCAAAACUUGUACUGAUGUGUGAGAGAUUAGACUGGACUCCGUUUUAUUAUAAUUUAUUUAUGAUCCUAAAUCUAGGAUUAAUAUAUAUUUUGUGACAAAUUAUGUUAUUUUUUACCUGGAGUAUGUAUAGCCAGACCAUUAACUACGACAUUAUACCUAUAGAGUAUGCUUUUAUUUUCUAUUUGUUUAUUCUGUAAUCUUAAUAAAUGAAAUGGCCUUUA